AUGAAAGCUCUGAAAAUUUUAUUGCUUCUUUCUCUGCAAGUCUUUGCGUGUGCCGUGAUUGCCGAUUCGCAGACUUGCCCUGCCAUGAAUAGUGAUAGCUGCGGCGAUGGAUGGGAAGGGGAAUUCUUUCCCGGCAUUCCCCAAAUUAAAUAUGAGGGCCCCUCCAGCAAGAAGCCACUUGCAUUUAAAUAUUAUAAUUCGGAGGAAGAAAUUCUUGGGAAGAAAAUGAAGGAUUGGUUUAGAUUCAGUGUUGCAUUUUGGCAUACAUUCCGGGGAACAGGUGGUGAUCCAUUUGGUGCGGCUACAAAGUUUUGGCCCUGGGAAGAUGGUACCAAUUCAUUAAAAAUUGCCAAAAGAAGAAUGAGAGCCAACUUUGAGUUCAUAAAUAAACUUGGAGUGGAUUAUUGGUGCUUCCAUGAUAGAGAUAUUGCCCCUGAUGGUAAAACUGUGGAGGAAACUAAUGCAAACUUGGAUGAAGUGGUGGCCCUUGCUAAAGAGCUUCAGGGAAACAAGAAAGUUCUAUGGGGAACAGCUCAGUUGUUCAUGCAUCCUCGCUAUAUGCAUGGCGGUGCUACAAGCUCUGAAUUAGGAGUGUAUGCUUAUGCUGCUGCUCAAGUCAAGAAAGCCAUGGAGGUCACACACUAUUUGGGGGGAGAAAAUUAUGUUUUCUGGGGUGGCCGUGAAGGUUAUCAAUCUCUCUUGAAUACAGAUAUGGAAAGAGAGCUUAAUCAUUUGGCUAGGUUUCUUGAAUCUGCUGUUGCAUACAAAAAGAAAAUUGGGUUCAAUGGCACACUGCUGAUUGAACCCAAGCCACAAGAGCCUACAAAACACCAGUAUGAUUGGGAUGCUGCAACCACAGCUAAUUUCUUGCGAAAAUAUGGACUUAUAGAUGAAUUUAAACUAAACAUCGAGUGCAAUCAUGCUACCCUAUCUGGCCAUAGCUGUCAUCAUGAGCUCGAAACCGCAAGAAUCAAUGGAUUGUUGGGAAAUAUCGAUGCAAAUACUGGUGAUCCUCAAGUUGGUUGGGACACGGAUCAGUUUCUCAUAGAUAUUGGAGAGGCAACAAACAUUAUGCUCACUGUGAUCAGAAAUGGAGGAAUUGCACCUGGCGGUUUCAACUUUGAUGCAAAAUUGAGGAGAGAGAGUACUGAUGUUGAAGAUUUGUUCAUUGGACAUAUAAUUGGAAUGGAUACAUUGGCCCGUGGCCUCAGAAAUGCUGCCAAAAUAAUUGAGGAUGGUUCCUUGGAUGAGCUUGUCCGCAAGAGAUACCAGAGUUUUGACUCUGAAAUCGGUAGUAUGAUCGAGGCCGGUAAAGCUGACUUUGAGUUCCUGGAGAAGAAAGUCAAGGAAUGGGGAGAGCCAAAGGUUCCUUCUGCCAAACAGGAGCUUGCGGAGUUGAUCUUUCAGUCCGCUUUGUAGGAAGCCGUAGCAUCAUUC